CCUUCCUUCUUUAACCUACCUAAUCUGGGCCAAUCGGGAGGCAGCGCGCGCCGCUCGGAGCCCGGGUAGUUGCCUCAGUAGCGGCGGCCGUGGAAACUCCCAGCUUCAGCUGUGGCUGCCGGACGGUAUCGCAAUACCGUCGACUCCUGAAAGAAAUAGGGCAAGGGGGCUCGAGAAGCCUGUUGCUAAGGAAAGUGGGGGUUCUGUUUGCGUUGCCAAGGAGACGGAAGUUCUAGAGCCCGCCCCCUGUCAAGAGCUGGACAUUCUGAAGUUCCAGAGCCACACCUGCAGGCACAGCAGCCUUGAGAGGUUCUUGGAGGACAAGGUGAUUUUCUUCUUGCAGGGGGCUUCUGGAGCAUCAUUACACUAGUGCUGGGAAAAGGGUUUUCAAGGCAUCCAGAGGCAACGUGCAAAAAAAAAAGAAAAAGUGGGAGAUCUCCGUGAAUACGGGUUUUUUUUAGUCCGUUUAUUUUGAGCAAAUUGCACUUGAAGAAUGUCUGGAGCCGUGCUUGUAGACAAGAAGCAGGUUUAGGAGAUACUUUCUUGAGUUUUCAUGAGGAGAAACGGGUCACGGGGCCGGGAUAAGGCGUUUUCUGUGCAAUAAGGCCAAUCAGGGUAAUAGUUAAUGUGUAUUGUACCGAUAAAACAUUCCCGCCCCAAGUCUUUCACAUAGAAACUAACCUGUCAUUGCCGAGUUGAUGCUCUGGAACAUCCAGUUAAUCAAUCCUUCAUUUUAGCAAUCCCAUUUUGCACUGCUGACCAUUUUUCUUUGCACUCAAUGCUGCUACAACUUCACCGUGAACUCUGACAAACUUGAUGUCCUUUCAAAAGAUCCCCCUUCAUCACAGCAGAAGUUGGAUUCAUUGACUUGCUGUGGAAUGGGUGCAACCUGCUGUCAUUUGAGUAUUCAUUGCUGCUGUCUGAGUCCCAUGUGGAUCUGUUAGAACUGGGCCCCAUUGUCCCUCCUGAGAGGUCAGAAGUUCUGUCAGCCAUUCUUUCUGUGCCUGUAGAGGAGUUAGCCAUGCUUUCUGAGGCCCUCCCCUGCUUCCAGUUACUCCGGAUGGGCCCAGCUUCACCUGGAGAUUCACCCAACCGGGAUCUCUACACCUUCCGACCUGCAAGGCCCAACUGCACCUAUCGGUUGGGUCGCCGAGCCGAGGUCUGCGAUGUCAUCCUGGUGUCGGAGCAGAACCCGGCCUUGAUCUCACGGAUCCAUGCAGAGAUACACGCAGAGAGGGACGCUGACAGCACUGCUGGGGAAUGGCGAGUUAGCCUGGUGGACUACAGUACUCACGGCACUUAUGUCAAUGCUGUUCGUAUACCCCAUAGCCAGCGAGUGGAUCUAAAUGAUGGAUACCUUCUCACCUUUGGCCACCCUAACCCAGUCCCUGAGGGCUGUGCUCUGCCACCCCCGCAUGGCGACUCAGAGUUCUACUUCCUCUUCCAGAAAGUCCAUGUUCGACCGCAGGACUUCGCUGCUAUCACGGAGCCCAAAGCCCCCUGGGCUUCCUCCUGUGGCUUCCGGCCAGUGCUGUCAUCUGGCAACCACCGCAUCCGCCCGCUGUCCCGUCACUCGCCUACAGCCCUCUCCUGUCGCUCCAAGGCCACCCUCAUCCUCAGCUCCAUCGGCAGUCUCAGCAAGCUCAAGCCGCAGCCGUUCACCUUCUCCCUAGGCCGGGGUCGGUGCACGGAACCCCCUGCCCAGCCGAGGACCUCUCGGAAUCGCCGCAAGUCGGCUCACACACUGCUGCCUGAGCUGGAGGAUGAGAUCACGCGGCUUGAAGAGGAACAGCCGCCACCAGGCAAGGAGCAGCGACUGGGCAGUUAUGUGCAUUGCCACAGCGCCUUGCGACUGCAGCCAAGAGUGCUGGAGGUGAGCCAGAAUCUGCAGGAAGAUGAGGAACCAAAGCUGCACGUCACACCCAGUGGGAAGCGGCGUGGCCGGCCACGGAAGAACCCCCUGGGGAGCACUUGCCAAGUCUUCUCCCAGACCCUGUCCACAUCAGAGCCAUGUGCAGCACCGCAGUGCCACCUUCCCCAGGAUGAGAUGGUGGAGUGGGUCCAGUGUGACGGCUGUGAUGCCUGGUUCCAUGUUGCUUGUGUGGGCUGCAGCUACAGUGCUGUGAAAGAGGCAGACUUCUGCUGCACUGCGUGCCGCUCAUAAUGGAGCGUAGCCAUGGGAAAGGAGUCGUACCCACCCCAACCCGAAAUGGGUAAUAUCAGUGAACUCAAGCAGGACACAUGAAAGAAUUUCUUAAAGAAUCAGGUAAACCCACAUGGACUACUAAAAAUUUCCAGAAGGAACAUGCUUUCAGAGACAAGCAAACCUGAUCACGAUCAGUAAUGUGCAUAGCGCUGGUGGAAGAAUCUAAUCCAUUCCAAAACAUGGAAGUCUUGCAGAGGAGGUUGUGAAAAAAUAUAUCCAAGUCCCUGCGAUCCACAUCCUGCUUAUCCCUCUUCCUUCCUUCCUUAUGUGAAGGAGUUAACACCACCCUGUUGUCAAGUCCAUCUCUGAAAAUGAAGAGGCCACAUAGCGCCGGUGAAGGCAUGCAAGACUGCCCUGAAUAUUAUUAUUACAUGGGAAAGUUUCUGACUAACUCCUGUGCUGUAAGCUGCAGGUUUUCAUUCAUGGCAGGUGGGGAAACCUGUGGCCCUCCAGAUGUUGCUGAAGUACAACUCCCAUCAUCCUUGAUCACUGGCCAUUCUGGCUGAGGCUGAUGGAAGAUGGAGUCUGACACCAUUGGAGGGUCACAGGUUCUCCACCACUGAUUUAUGGUGACCAAGGCCUUCAAUUGGAACUGGCUAGCCAGAGCAUAGAGUUGCUUGCCAGGGGCAAUUGGUGCAGACGCACAAUGCCACUGUAUAUCUUCCAGGACUCUUGUUCCUCAAAACUUGCAGGGAAGAAUGUGUUGUGCUCAGAUAAACUUGCAGGGAAGAACGUCCUGUGCUCGGACUAACUCAGAAGAAACAGCUUCUAAAUACAUCAGCUAGAAUUGGCACAUAAGUGUGUAGGUUUUCCCAUGAUACAGUGAUUUGUGCAAAAUGAUCACCCUUGGCUUGUUACAUUGGAAUAAUAGCACUGUUGUCUGGGAAGCCAACCAGCCUCCUGCUUUUACAGAAUUGACCUUUGAAAAAUAUCCAGACUCCGGAAGAAGUAAGCUUGUGAGGGUGCAAUAUAGUGAUUGCCUGAGCCCACAUUUUACUGAGUUCACAUGAAGAAACAGACAUUGGAAUAGCUGCCCAAGAGUAAUGUGUGCUUUUAACAUAGCUGGAUAGUCCUGCCCUUUCAGGCUUUUUACAAAGAAGCAAACGGGGGCAAAGAUACGACGAACUAGAUGGGAAUCUUAGAAUGCUAAAUCCCAGAGAAGUAGCUAUAGUUAGGCCUUAUUUGGAGGUGAUGGGCUGUCACCAUGGGUGGUGCUCACAUAUCUGCUAUUUGCAUACAAAGUGGAUGUGGCUGGAGAUUUACACCAAAGGGGGUGUGCAAGUGAGAGAACCUGCACUCUCUACCUGCUCUUGCUUUUUAUGCCUCCUUUGCUUCAAAACUGGGCUAGAAGAACUGAUGGAAUGGGGGAGGGUUCAACUCUCCUCACACAUGUGCUUUUUCAUGUAAGAAAAAACCCCCAGCCCUCCUGCUUUAAACAGGACAGACACAUGAACAAUAAAUGCAGCUACCCCUGUUGCAUCUAACUUGCCACUUAGUCUUUUGCAGUGAAAGCAACAGUCGCAUGGCACCUUAAAGGCUAACAGACUUGUGGUGGUGGCAGCAGCAGCGGCAGCUUUAAUGUGCUAGAGCCUAUUUCAUCAGAUCCAUGAAGUGUUAUCCUCAGUGGCUGCAUAUAACUCUAAACCAUGGUUUAAUCAAUUACGGUUAUUAAACCAUGGUUUAGCAUUAUGUGUGAACCUUGCCCAGCAGCUUAUAUGUGAUUGUAUGGAAAGCCAUAGUUUGUUGCUGGCUUAGGAACUAUGGUUUGUUUUAUGGUUUAGGAUUAUGUGUGAACCCAGCAGUUUUCCUUACCUAUGGUUUGACCAUGGCACAUACUGACUAAAUUACAAAGACAUAGAGCAGCUCGAAAACAAAACAAACUUUGGAGAAACAAUCCAGCCUUUUUUUAAAAUCAUCUGUGGGACAACUCAUGGCUUGAUAAACAAACCACAACAGUGUUAUGUGGGAACCAGUCACAUGUGUGCAGGUACAACAGAUAAAAUAGUGGGGCCAAAAACUUUGAAAUGCAACAGUGAGCAGUGACUAAUAUUUCUACAGGCAGCCCACAUCUGUACACAGUCGGCACAGAGUGACUCAUACUGCAGUCACUGCACUGUUAAUUUUCUAACAGAGCUGACAACGUCCAGACAAGCUUAUGCCUCAAUAAAUUUGUUAAGCAUCUGGUUUUUCCAAAGGGUUCUUGCAUGCAGGGGAGAGACAAAACUGACGUCGUUUUAAUCUUUUUUACAAUUGCUGAGAAUGAUCGGUCGUCCCAAUUUCUACUGGAGGGACAGAGAACCUUUUUUUAGACUGGUGAUUCAUCUACCAGCAACAGGCAUACAAGCAUUUGUGCACUUUCACAGGCACACAGAAGUGCUGUGUGUGUGUGUACGCGCUUGCCUUUUAACGGAGCAAAAAGCUAGAGCUACAUCAGGUCACCUGCUUUUUCACCCAGGCAGCUCAAAGCACCACUGAAAAUGGUAAAAAGCCCUACAUCCCCACACUUCUAACAAAUGGGAGAGCAUACCCCAGCUACCAAAUUGGGAGGGGGGGCUCCAUCUCUUUAGAGUCAUACCUCAUCACUCCCAAAGCCAAGGCCUAGCCCCAGCUGAAAGGGGGCAUAGCAUCAGGCCAAAAGCAGAGCAGGAAGUAUACACAAGGUGCAAAGGCCAUGUAAAAAAAGAAAACUGCCUUUGGUGCAAAGGUGCAUCUGCCCCCUGUCCUUGUCUGUUGCCUCACAUUCUAAGGCUGGUCAGCACAAGAGGACGUUCACUUGCUUCUGCUCUCUAGUGACCAAAGGCUAGAAUUAUAAAUGCCAAGAAAUUUGCCUUCUAAAAUGCAGAAUCAAAAAAUAAGCUACAUAGGGAACUUUCUGCAACAAAAGCAAGCAAUAUAACCAAAGACGCCUGUAGUUUAGGGAGGGGUUUAUUCCUGCAAGCAUGUUCUGCCAGAUUGCUUUAUCUUUGUAGAGGAAUUUGUAGAAGUGUAGAGAAUUUGUCCUUUCCCUCAACUAGGGCAUUUCUCCUUUUGCACCUGGUGUGAUCAGUGAUUGAAAUAAACCCAAACUGCAAACUC